CGCGAGCCGGCAAACCAACACUUUUUUUAAGUUGGCCUUAACAGAAGAACCUAUGAACAGCUGGAGAUGAAGUAUCCUGCACAUAUUAUCAUGAAGGUUUUUCUCUUAUUUUAUUUCUGUGUUUUGGUGAGAUCCGCAUUUUCGUCGGUAUGUCACCUUCCAAAGGACGUGGGUAUGUGUGACGGAUUAUGCCCUCGCUGGUUUUACAACUCCCACAUGCACAGGUGCGAGGAGUUUUACUAUGGCUGCUGCGGUGGGAACGCAAACAACUUCCGAACGGAACAGGAAUGUCUGAACUCGUGCAACAAUGGUUGCCCGAAUGGUCAAUCCAACAUAUUUUGUAAAGCACCUGCUUGCCAAGUAACGUCAUGUCCAAAUUAUCCAAGUGCCUCUUGCAAAGAGGUUUGUAAUGGCUGUGUGGCCAUUUUCACUUCUAACGGGGAGGAUGUCACCAGUACAUGUCAGUCACUGGGAUAUUGA